AUGACUGCAGAACAACCAACCCCAGCUCCUACUCAACCAGCUAACCAUGGAAGCAAACCCUCGAUGAUGCACGUCGAGGCAAUCCCUGAGCAGCCUGGUAAGAUCCAGAAUGGUGACACUGCCUUGGCGCUCUUUGAGAACUUCGACGAGCUGCACGAAGAUGUCGACCCAGGGGAACUAAAACGGCUUGUUCGCAAGAUUGAUUUUAUGAUUCUGCCCUUUUUGGCUGUUUGCUAUGCGUUUUACUAUAUUGACAAAACUACUCUUUCAUAUGCGGCCAUCUUUGGCAUUAAUGAAGAUCUGAGUCUAUCGGGAGAGCAAUACUCGUGGUUAUCCAGUGUAUUCUAUUUCGGGUUUCUGGUCUGGGCCCUUCCAACCAACUUCCUGAUGCAGAAGUUCCCCAUAGGCAAGUAUCUGGGUGCCAACAUCUUCCUCUGGGGGUUCUUUCUCAUGCUCCAAGCGGCUGCAAAGAACUUCGUCCAACUCGCCGUGCUCCGCGUAAUCUCCGGCGCAGCAGAAGCAUGCAGCGACCCUGCCUUCAUGCUCAUCACAAGCAUGUGGUACACGCGCCGUCAACAACCCAUCCGAAUCGGACUCUGGUAUACCGCCAACGGCUUCGGCAUCGCCUCGGAGGUCUCCUCGGUAAUAGUCGUCUUCCUACCCGAUUCUCCGGUGACAACGCGGUACCUGUCGCCCCGCGAGAGACGCCUCGCUGUAGAACGACUGCGAGAGAACCAGACGGGUGUCGAGAAUAAAACGCUUAAGCCUGCGCAGAUAUAUGAGGCUUUCCUGGACUGGAAGGUCUGGGUGUUUCUCCUCCUGGGGCUAUCGGGGAAUAUCCCCAACGGGGGAAUUUCGAACUUCGGGACACUGAUUCUGAAGGGAUUCGGGUUUUCUACCUUGGUAACAACCCUCAUGCAAAUCCCCUACGGAGCCUUCAUAGCCCUCAUGAUCCUCUUCAGUAUCUGGCUGAACGACCGCCUCCCCCAGAACAACCGCUGCUACGUGACCAUCCUAUUCCUUCUCCCCAACCUCGCUGGCUCUUUUGGGCUCUGCUACCUCCCCGGAUCAAACAAAGUCGGCCGUCUCAUCUGCUACUAUCUAAUGGGAUCCUACAACGCCUCUUUUGUGCUCAUUCUCUCCAUCCUCACGGCCAAUAUCGCCGGCCACACGAAGAAAGUCGUCACGAGCGCGAUGAUCUUCAUCGGUGUUUGCGCCGGCAAUAUCGCCGGCCCAUUCUUCUAUAAAGAGGCGCAGGCGCCGCAGUAUCCGCUGGGCAUUUGGUCGAUGAUUGUGUCUCAUUUUGUGGAGAUCGUGCUGGUGGUUUUAUUGCGGGCGGCGCUGGCCUGGGAGAAUCGGAGACGGGAUCGCUUGCAGGGAAUUGGGCCCGGUGGGGAAGGUGAGGAGGCGAGGCAAUGGGAGAUGGAUCGAACGGCGUUUAGUGAUCUGACGGAUAAGGAGAACUUGAACUUUAGAUAUGUUUACUAG